AUGUCGAAGGAUGGCUGUCCAUAUGGUGCUUCAAAAGGUUGGAAGACUGGUUAUAUCAAUAUAUCAACUCUUCUUCCAUUAGAUGAACCUGAAUCAUAUACAGAGGAAUGUCAACAAAGAGUAAUGAAUUUUUCUUUUCAAAACUCAACAUCAGUGCUUGGGCCAUUUAAUAAACAUACAUUGCAGCUAAACUUUUGCUUUGAAUCUGAAGAACAAUUGACAGAGUCAGACAGUAUACGCUGGUUUAAUGGCUCAUAUGGGAUUUACGGAACAGACAAAGGAUGUCCCUUAGGUUUUAGUGCACAUAACAUGUCCAUAUGUCUACCAGUACUUCAAUAUUACAAUAUUGACGGCCACAUUCCAUACCAUAAGGUGAUAGAAACUAAAGAUUUUACAGGCUUUUACAGUGAAAGAUGUAACCAAGAAUUCGGUAUGAAUAACUUUGACAUUUCGGAGAAUCAAAUAACGGCAUCUUCCUGGCAGCAAUCACACGAACCAAGAGAAGCCCGUCCUCAUUUAACUGAUUCUGCAAUUUGUGAGAGCAGUUAUACAACAAGGAAGUGUAUGUUACCAGAAAUGGAUUUGUAUUCGUACAAUUUUUUGGGAAGAUAUGAUGAUCAAGUUAAUAACCAUAUUUACGUGUGGACGUUGGAAGGACCAACAAACUCUAUAAUGAUGACAAUAAAUUUCAAAGAGUUUGACAUCAGUUGUAUCUCUGAGUCUCAGUUUAGAAUUCAAGGUCCUUAUAUCAAACAAAGAAUGGAAUAUUGUAAUUCGGAUCGACCACAUGGAAACAUUUCUCUCCCGGCUGGGACGACAAAUAUAUUAUAUAAGCCAUUCAAAAGCAACGUGUUUGGAUCAAACCCAUUUCCGGAGGGGUUCCAGCUGAAAUAUAACUUCAUUCCAAUGCAAGACAAAAUUACGAUGGCAAUCGACGAUGCUGAUUUUCCAUUAACAAGGAAAGUAUGCGUAGAUGAGUUCAAGAAAUUUUAUCACCUCAAAUCAAGAACCGGAAGCAGUUGGGAUAUAGCACAAGGAAAUUGUGAAAAUUUGAAGAUGACAUUAAUAAACUUAAAGUCGAAAAAAGAACAACAAUUUACACGUGAAUUAUUGCUAAACUUCUAUUACGAUGUGAUUAAAACGAAAGGUACACACGGUGCAAAUCCUACUAUGGCAUUUACAUACAUAGGUUUAACGUUAGAACCGGAUGAAAUGACUGGAUACGGUUUACUGCAGUUUUGGAAUGACGGAUCACCGCUGACAUUUACUGCAUGGGACGGAAAUGAACCUUCUAAAAUUGAAAAGAUGCAGAAUGUAAUAAUGUACUUAUAUCCGAUUGAAAAUGAAAACCCUUGGAAAGUAAUUGCUGGAAUUACGUACUUGCGUGAUCUCACAGUGUUUGCCUGUGAGGAAGUUCUUGGACGCGCAACUGAAGGCAUAUCAUCGAAAUACAAAGAAGUGGAUAAAACUCGAACUAAACAGGACUCGCAUACAUUAUUUGAAUGUGGAAGCGGCGAAUACGUACAUGCAUUGGCAUUGUGUAAUGCUGUCAGCGAGUGCCUAGAUGCAUCAGAUGAAAGAAAUUGUACUUCUAAACCCUAUAGUUGUCUGGAAAACGAAUUCGAAUGCAAUGACGGUCGAUGCAUCCACGUAAGUAGGGUCUGCGAUUUCAAGAAUGACUGUUACAAUGCUGAGGAUGAAUAUUGUGAAUUCCACGUAUGCAAACACAUUUCGCUGCAAUUUACAUGUACAAGUGGAGAGUGUAUACCAAUACGUCACGCUUGUGACGGCGAAGUUCAUUGUCUCGAUGGCAGUGAUGAAACAGAUUGUGAGAAUCAGAUAUACGUUUACUGUGACUUUAACAAUAUACACACCGAUAAGAUGAUUACAAUGUCAUUCAUGAAUUCUGACUGGAAGCAAAUAUCAACUACAUUAUAUAAGAUAACUACACCGGGUAUCAAAGAAGCGCUAAAUGCCGGAUACAAAUGCAAACAGAAGUUUUCAGAAGUUCCCCGACUGGAACAAAUGAAAGUAAUGGAUUUGGAAAAUAUGACUUAUCACACCUAUGACUGGGAAUUUGACCUGCACUCUGGCAGUGACGAGACUAAUGGGUCUUUUAACACGUCUUUUAAACUAGAAAUGGUGUCAGAUGGGGAAAUUUAUGACUCAUUUCUUUUACAAACCACAGAAAGUUUUACUAACAAUGAUUACCAAAACAGAUUACAUAUCGGUAAUGUUAUUUGCAAAAAAGAGGUAAAAAAUACAGAUACAGGAAUUUUCUGUCGAAGUGGUGUCAACACUGUAAGUGCUAAUAGCAGAUGUUUGUACAAUAAAGAUUCAAGAGGAAGAGUAACUGGAUGUCGUUCCUUAAAUCAUUUACAAAAUUGUGGAGAUUUCAAUUGUCCUAAAUAUUACUAUAAAUGCCCUGACAGUUACUGUAUUCCGUAUAUGCUUGUAUGUAAUGGUUAUGUUGAUUGUGGUGAUGGAGCCGAUGAAAGUAACUGUGCAUGCAGCAAUGCCGAAACAAGGAAUAUUCUUAUUAUAUAUGAACAAGAGGGUGACGUUUUUCAAACCAAAUAUAUUGACAUACAGUCUUUAUUAGGAGGUUCGCUCUAUACAGCAAACUCUACAGUAAGGAUAGUUGCAGAAGUAAAUUUUGUUGAUUUUGAUGAAUUUGGUAAUUAUGCCGGAGAGUUUCAGCAACCAUUAUCCAUAAGUUUUGAUAUAAAAUCAAAUAGUUACAUGAGAACGAAAUUUGAAAACCCUUCUUAUAUGUUUGACAGUGUGUGGAAAGAUAAUUUGAAAGAGACCAACGGUAUCAUUUGGAUUUCCGACAACAUCAAAACGCACCUUCUCCCAUACUUUAGUGAGAAACCACCUUUCAAAUUAGAAAAUGUUCAUCAAUAUUUUGUGACAAUUGACGAAGGCAUGAAGGAAAUGGUGACUGUGAAGAAAUCAGCUACUCUGACCAAUAUUCGCAUUAAUCAACCUGGAUUACUCGGUACAAUAGGCUCAGCAUUGUUUCCGGAAAUAUGUAAACCUGGUAACACCGAUUGCGAAGGAAUGUACCGUUGCAGUAUGAGCAGAGUGUGUAUUCCAAUGAACCAAGUGUGUGAUGGAAAGAAACAUUGUCCGUACGAUGAUGACGAAGAAAAAUGUGAAAUAAAAUGUCCUACUGGAUGCACAUGUAGUUUAGCUGUAAUAAACUGUUCUGGCGUUGAAUCAAAAUUAAGUUAUGAACACCUGCAAUCACCCUUACGAAUCCUUGAUGUAAGUAAUACAGUUAAACUGUGUCAAUAUGUGAUGGAUUUACCAUUAUUAUGUAGACUGUAUAUUUUCAACCUACGUGAAAUAAACGCUUCAGUUUGUCAUCUUAAAGCACUUAAUAGGAAACAACUUGAGUGCCAUGCCAACGUAGUAUCGCUAGACAUAAGUCAUAAUUUGUUUGAAACAUUCCUAAAAGAUACUUUUAUAAAUUUACGGAAACUCAAAAUAUUGUAUUUACAUGGAAAUAGCCAGCUCCGUACACUAGAAGCAGGUGCUUUCAAUGGUCUGAAAGUAGAGUUUCUCAAUCUCAAAAUGGCAAGUAUUGAAGUAUUAGAUAAAGAUACGUUUUCUGGAUUAAAUCUGUCAAGACUUGACUUAUCAAAUAACCGAAUUCGGUAUAUCGAAGACGAAUCAUUUAAUGGAAUGAAUUGUUAUUCUAUCAACAUACAGAAUAAUCCAAUUAAAGAAUUUAGUAAAGGAUUAUUCACAGGUGUAACAGGGGUUGAAAAAAUCAUAACCCCAGCGUUCAAGUUUUGCUGUGUAAGGCCACUUGGCUUAAGUGAGGAACAAUGUCUACCCCAUAGAGAUGAAUUUUCUUCAUGUGAGGAUCUAAUGCGAAAAACAGUUUUACGAGUACUGUUAUGGGUAAUUGGUGUCAUGGCACUGUCAGGAAACGUCAUGUCCUUGAUAUAUCGUUUAGUUUAUGACAGGAAACGAUUUAAACUCGGGUAUGGUAUAUUUGUUACAAACCUUGCUGUUGCUGAUCUGUUGAUGGGCAUAUACAUGUUAAUUAUCGCAAUAGCAGAUUACUGGUUCCGAGAAAGAUAUAUUGAAGUCGAUGAAGAAUGGCGAAACGGCACUACAUGUAAGAUUGCUGGCAUACUGUCAACCACAUCCUCGGAGACAAGCGUCUUUUUUAUGUGUCUGAUUACAAUUGACAGAAUUCUUGUCAUUAGGUACCCUUUUGGACAGGUACGAUUUACAACAAAAUCAGCCGUAGCUACCAGCUUGGCCGGAUGGGUACUUGCCUUGGUCAUUGCACUCUUCCCAAUCCUGUACAGCGACUUCUUUGAAGGGAGCUUUUACAGCAAAUCUGGUGUUUGCCUCGCAUUGCCUUUGACACGUGACAGACCUCCAGGAUGGUUAUAUUCCGUUGUAAUUUUCAUCGGCCUCAACUUUGUCACUUUUGUACUUAUUGCAGCCGGUCAGCUUUUCAUCUUUGCAGAAAUAAAGAAAACAAGAACAGCCCAGAAGUCCAUGAAUGUUUCAAGAAAAUACGACUUAACAGUAGCCAGGAACCUACUGCUUGUUGUGACUACUGACUUUUUGUGCUGGUUCCCGAUUGGUGUCAUGGGUAUUCUAUCUAUGAAUGGAUACAUCAUACCUGGUGAAGUUUACGCCUGGACAGCAGUUUUGAUAUUACCGAUAAACUCUGCACUGAAUCCAUUUAUGUACACGUUAUCGGCUGUUUUAGGAAAGUCAAAAUUCAGUCCAAACAUUGAGGAGCAGACAAAGUCGGAAAAUGCGAAAGAAACUGGAAAGUCGAUGCUUUUGAUGCACCCUUUUAUAUCUGGAGGAUUAUAUAACAAGAAGAUGUCGUCCCUGUCUGUUUUCGAGAAAGAUCAUGCAUUUACUGUUAAACAGUAUACAUGCAUACUACACCAAGUCUGUAGUUUUGUAAAGCUUCUACAUGAAAAUGAGUUGGUUCUAAAGACGCUUACAUGUGAUGACGUUUUGUUUAAAGUCGGUAAUGAUGGAAAGAUAAGAGCAGUGAAGAUUCUUCGUGUACCAGUGAUGUGUGAAGAUAUAAAUGAUUGCGCUGAUGAUGUUAUCAUUGUUGCAAAUCUCAUCAGGAAAUCGCUGUUUUCCUUCAGACGUCGUGAAAACUAACAUUCGUCUUAGUCGUUAAUAAAUUCAUAGUCGAAUGACUAUGAUUAUUUAUGAAUUUGAGUGUUGUGUUUUAUUAUUUUGUCAUCAAUUUAAUGCUAGUUUAUUA